CCGCAUGUCGUCGGAGUUGGCUCGUGAUUUAAAAAAUCACAAAAUCGUUCCGGAUGUAAUUCCGGUCCCGCCGGAAUCGCUCCUGCAGGUGACCUACCCCGGUGACCAGAAAGUGAGCCUUGGCAACAUUCUGAUGCCCAAGCAGGUCAAGGACAUCCCGGUGGUUAAAUGGCCGGUGGAGCCGAAAACCUUCUACACCCUCUGUCUGACCGAUCCGGACGCACCGAGUCGGACUACGCCAAAGUUUCGCGAGUGGCACCACUGGCUGGUGGUCAACAUUCCCGGGACGGACGUCGAACAGGGCGAUACCCUGUCCGAGUACAUUGGGGCUGCUCCGCCGAAGAAAACCGGCCUGCAUCGGUACGUGUUCCUGGUGUAUCAGCAGAAUGGACGGAUGAACUGCGGCGAAACGCGGCUGUCCAAUCGAAGCUCGCAAGGACGGGGCAAGUUUUCGAUCCAGAAAUUUUCCGAAAAGUAUCAACUCGGCAUUCCGGUGGCGGGAAACUUCUUCCAGGCGCAGUUCGAUGACUACGUGCCCAAGUUGUAUCGCCAGUUGGGACAGUUCCAGAAUGCAUUCUAGGAAACGGCCGCACGCAUGCAAUUGGAUGAUGGACGUGUU